CCCCGCCGCCCUGAUCCUCAGCCCCGCCACCCCCGCGCCCACUUUCCCCAGCCAUGGGAAGCCGAGGAGAAAAAGUGGCCCCGGACGCCAGCGCCUGAGGACUGCGAGGGAGGAGGCGCCCGAAAAUGAAGACCUUGAUGCGCCAUGGGCUGGCUGUGUGUCUGGCGCUCACCACCAUGUGCACCAGCUUGUUGCUCAUGUACAGCGGCCUCGGCGGCGGCCAGAAGGAACACCCCCAGCGGCGGGAACAGGAGGCGGCAGCGCCGGGGGCCAGCGGCAAACCCGCAGCCCAGAGCGGCCGGCUCCUGGGGCUGGCGGGCAGCAACGGACGCCCGGGGCAGUCUCCGCAGCGCCCGGGGACUCCUCAAGGGGGGCGGCUGCUGGACGGAUACAUCAGCGUCUUGGAUCAUAAGUCCCUGAAGAUGCACUGCAGAGACUGCGCCCUGGUGACAAGCUCGGGUCACCUCCUGGGAAGCCGGCAGGGAGAGCGCAUAGACCAGACCGAGUGUGUGAUCCGCAUGAACGACGCGCCCACCCGCGGCUACGGCCGGGACGUGGGCAACAAGACUAGCCUUCGCGUCAUCGCCCAUUCCAGCAUCCAGAGGAUUCUCCACAAGAGGCAGGAACUCUUAAACAUGAGCCAGGGCACCGUGUUCAUCUUCUGGGGGCCCAGCAACUACAUGCGCAGGGAUGGCAAAGGGCUGGUCUACAACAACCUGCAGCUGAUGAAUCAGGUCCUCCCCAGACUAAAGGUCUUCAUGAUCACCAGGCACAAGAUGCUCCACUUCGACGAGCUCUUCAAACGGGAAACUGGCAAAGACAGGAAGAUCUCCAACACUUGGCUCAGCACUGGCUGGUUCACAAUGACGAUUGCCUUAGAGCUCUGUGACCGAAUAAAUGUCUAUGGCAUGGUGCCCCCCGAUUUCUGCAGGGACCCCAAACACCCUUCAGUACCUUAUCACUAUUACGAACCUUUGGGACCAGAUGAGUGCACGAUGUACCUCUCACACGAGCGAGGACGGAAGGGGAGCCAUCACCGGUUCAUCACGGAGAAGCGUGUCUUUGAGAACUGGGCCAGAGCCUUCAAUAUCCACUUUUUUCAGCCAGACUGGAAGCCGGACUCCCUUGCUAUCAAUCACCCUGAGAUCAAACCGGUGUUCUGAAGGAUGACUGCACAAGCUGUAAUUGCUAUCACCUAGAGUAUCAAGCUUCAGGGUCUUCAACGUCACCUUGGGGCCAGCCGAUGUGAAAGAGAGAGUUAGCAGGACCUGGAGAUGAAAAUUGCUCCAGUACUCCAGAGGUUACCACGGAUGGAUAUGUAUGAGAUGUGACUGUCAAGUAAUACAGCCCACUUUUUUCUUUUUUCGACCAAUUUACCAGAAUUUUAUCCAGCCAAACACUGUCUCCUCCAAGCCGGGCAGCUUGGGAUGCCAAUCAUGUAUCUCAAUGAUAUCAUCACUGUUAAAAAUGGUUUGGGUUUCUUCUUUUUCCUCAUCUUCAAAGACAGUUUAUGAGCCAUGAAAAAAAGGCCCUCGAUUGCUCGACAGUCACAUCUUGUAAGAGUGUUUUGCCUUUUGAAUUGUAUCUUAACCUAAUAUCUGACUUCUGCCAUCUUUCUGAACAGUGUGUGUAGGAUUUGUCAAAGGCAGCCUGGGCCAGUCUAGAUGUGGCUUUUAAAUAGCACAUUUCCACAGACUUUCAUAACGCAAAUCUACAGUUAUUUAGUUUUCAAGGGAUUUCUACUGACACUAGGCUAGUGUUGACUUGGGUUUUUCUACACUCUAGCUAUGUGGUUCUCUGCUUUUCAUAACCCUUUAUGUCUCCAAUGAAAAUUCAUGAUGGUUUGGGAAGGCUUCCCUUUACAGUGAUCCGUGGCUGUGUGUUUCUUUUCUUACUUUUUCAUUCCAUAAUUGCCAUUUGCAUGCAACCGAUAAUAGACUGGGAUCAUUUUCUUAAGCCGGGUUUCACUCCAGAACUUGUCUCUUCCCAGCAAGAAUAUCCUAUGAUGGGAUCCUAGAGCUAAAAAUCCCCACGGCAUGCAAACCUCCAACCAACAUGCUCUCUUUUCUCAGAGAAUUUCCACCAGGGAGGUGGGUUUCAUACCGGCUUCCCUCACUAAGAGUCGAGGGAGCCCUUUGCUCCCUGGCACUGCUACCGGCAGAUGGGAAGGCUCCUUUGGUGGUCCCCCUACUUCUGUGGCCUUCUGGGCUUCUCUACAACCUGAGCCUUCCUUUUCUUGACCAAUGACAGUUUCCUGCUCUAGCCUACCUUGGUUUCCCAGCUGCCCAUUGCUUCCUUUGAUGCCUUCCAAGCCAUAGAUCAAGUGCAUUUACUACCUUGGUGCUCAUAGCCUACACCAGCAAGAAACCAUCUCGUUCAGCCUGCCAGCAGCCUAAACAGUGUGUGGGAUGAGGGAGGGAACUUGGAGGGGCUCCCCAGCCAGAAUCAUUUGCUGAAAAGCUCCUUAGCUGGGUCAGUUGUUGACAAUCCACCCACAACCAAACUCACUUCCUGGUAAGGCUUUCCAGGCAUCAGAGGAUCUCCCAAAGAGAAAAAAAUGUCACCAGUAUCUCCACCCCAUACCCUUGAGGGUUUCUGUUUUAAAAGAGCUGAACCCAAAGGCUCUAGCAAACACCACGUCCAAAAUGUCCAGAAACCCCAGGACCUCGUGACUUGUCAGGAAAGUGGAUUUCAGCUACUCGUCUAUUCCUCUGCCCUUUCCCUCACAGAGAUGAAAAUUCAGUUCUUUUCUGGCAAUCACCGGGAGGGGUCUGUGCAGAUGCUAAAGCGAUUUGAUUCUCUCAUAGGGCAAACCAAGGUGAUCUCAUUGUGACUGUGGCU